CUUUGUUCAUCAAAGUGAGGCAUCAUCCCAAUUCUAACUUCCAAGACUUCGGCACAAUGCUUUUAUGUGAAUAGAUUUUUAAUCAGAAGCUUGAUUGGCUGUUUGUCUUAUCAUGACUGUGAAGCAUUUCUCAGUGGAGUACGACAGGGGGAAUGAGCAAGGAACCUACUCCCCAGGUGAUAUUCUUUCUGGGAAAGUGACAGUGGUAACCAGCAAAGAGAUCAAAGUGCAGAGUUUUUUGGUCAGAGCUAAAGGAAAAGCUAAAGUGACUUGGUAUGAGCAGGAAGGACAAACCUCAGUGGCUUACUGCAACAAGAAGAAAUACUUCUAUUUUGAGCAUAUAAUUCUUCAAGACAAAAAAAAGGGAGAUGGUUCAGAAAUCAUAGGCCCUGGGAUAAAGGUUUUUCCAUUCAGCUUUGUGAUUCCAAGCAGAGACAUGCCUUCAUCUUAUAAAGGUAAAUGGGGUGAGAUCACGUAUAGUUUGAGAGCUCAUUUGACUCAGUCAAUUUGGUUGGUACACAAAACCAAGACUGAGUUUCCCUUUCUGACCAAGUCAGAGUUCCCCUUUGCCUCCAAAUCAGAAAUGAUAAUCAUUGGGCUGAAGGAGCAACAGCACGCAACCAGGAUUUCAUUUUGUGGCUCUGGGAAGGUUGCUAUGAAUGUUACCUCUGAAAAAAUGGGCUUAAAGCAAGGUGAGGCAAUGGGAGUCUCUGUGGAAGUAAUCAAUGACUCGGCACGCUCUGUAACACCUAAGUUCUACCUUUGUGAGAAGCAGACCUUUGUGGCACAGUCAAAGAGGAAAACACAAACAAAGGACAUCUUGUUCGGGAUAGGAGACGCAGUUCCUGCCGAGAGCAGUCAGACUGUAACCAAAGUGUUGAUUAUCCCUCCAUAUCUUCCUGCUACCUUCUUCAACUGCAGCUUGAUGAAUCUUGAGUACAAAAUCAAGGUCAUCCUUAAUGUCCCUUUGCGGAGAGACUCAGAAAUUAAACUUCCUCUGGUCAUCCUGCAGAGUUCGCCAGCACCUCUUCCCCAAAAAACCAGGAGACCUAUCUGUUUCAGGACACUUCCUGGUUAAAAGGACAGUUCUGAGAAAGGAAGAUGGAUAUAAUGGUAUUAAUGCAAGUCGGUGUUAUUUUAAAUUAAUUGAUAAAAGUAGCUACAGUGAUCACUUUUAAAGUUGGGUCUAUGUUAAAGUAACUUCUGAUGGUGGUAAAACAUUAUUCAGUAUAUACUGUACAUGUCCACUAGAUGGCAGUGUCAGCAACUUUUGAGUAAUGGCAUAUUUAAUUUGAAUGUUUUUGUGUACAUAGGUGCAUUAUUGUAUAGUGAAAUGUAGUGAAUCAAAGUAAGACUUGAGAUCAAAUGUAUGAGAUAAUCCAGUUUUACUUGGGAAGAAGAUAUUGACACAUUUUUAAAAUUUAGUUGUGCAGAACAACUAUAGCUUAAAAAAAAUAUAGAAAUAAAAAAAAACACACACACUUUGAGGAUAAUUUAACCACAAAACCGAAA